AUGGACGGUGCGCCUAACUUCAGCGGGUUCGGCGGGAGUGUGCUGUUUGGCGACGAAGGCGAGAAGCUGGUGUUCAACGGGUGCAAAGGCGGCUCGGUGGUGCUAGAGAAGCGGGCCAGUGCCAAUGCCACAGCCACUACCAGUGCAAGUGCCACUACCACGUACAAUGGCGCAGUGUGGCAGGCGGAAGAUGGGUACGGGAUAAACAUUGCCCAUUUGAUAGAUAGGAUAGAGGCGCGCAGUGACGAUAGUAACGGAGAAACAGCGCCGGCAGAAACAGUCUCUGGCCAGCGCAGCCCGGAUUGUACCUUAUGGGUGGAGAAGUGGAGACCCAAGAAGUUCAUGGAUCUGGUAGGGAACGAGAAGAACAACAGACGGAUCCUAAAGUGGCUGCGGCAGUGGAACUUUGCUGUGUUCAAAGAGCAAUUGCCGCAGCCGGAUCAGAGCAAAGAACAAGAGAACUUUGACCCCUUCGAGCGGCCCAUGAAGCGCAUACUGAUGCUUAAUGGUCCACCGGGAAUCGGUAAAACAUCCGUGGCCCACGUAGUGGCAAAGCAAGCUGGUUUCUCUGUUGCUGAGAUCAACGCAAGUGACGAAAGGGCUGGUACCUUGGUAAGAGAUAAAGUUCACAACACUCUAUUCAACCACAGCUUCACUGGGGAGCCCGUCUGCCUGAUAGCAGAUGAGAUCGAUGGUAGUGUGGAAUCAGGGUUUGUGAAAGUGCUGAUCGAUAUUGUAAACGCAGAUAAGAGAGCAACUGAUAAUUACGUCCUGAAGAAAAACGCAAGAGGCAAGAAUAACGGGAAAUCAAACAGAUACAGACCAAAAUUGUUGCUGCGACCAAUCAUUGUCAUUUGUAAUAACCUCUACGCCCCAGCACUCGAGAAAUUGAGACCCUUGUGCGAAAUUAUCACUCUGAGAAAACCAUCUGAUAAUUCUGUAAGGGAACGGCUCACACACAUAUGUAUGAAGGAAAGGAUCAACUUGGGAAUGAAAACAAUUAAUGAACUAAUUGAUAUCUCAGAAGGUGACAUUCGUAACUGUGUGAAUAACUUACAAUUCCAAUCAAAGGGAAAUCAUAAAACUUCUAAUAAUGACAAUGUUUCAGAAGAUACUUUGGGACUAAAAGAUAUUUCGUUGUCUUGGUUCAAAAUUGUCAACCAGAUAUUUAGAAAAGAUCCGCAUUUGGACAAUAAAAGACAAUUUAUUAGAUUGGCACGUAAAAUUGAGAAAGUAGAUAACUAUGAUAGAGUUGUCACAGGUUGUCAUACUUUAUUUCCUCAUGUCAAGUAUUCUGAUAGUGGUUUGCGGAAACCUGCUGCGAUGGCGGAUUGGUUAUAUUUCCAUGAACAGAUGUUUAAGUCAAUGUUCGAGCACAACGGUGAAUUGUUAAGAUACUGUGCUAUAGUGCCAAUGGUUUUCCAUCAAAAAUUCGGAGAUAUAAGCAAUAAAGACGAUCAACGUAUAAAGAAUGCAGAUUAUGAACAACGCGAGGCACGGAAAGCUGUGGAGAGCAUUACAGAAUCUAUCAUGAAAAAGCUAUCAACGUUCUCACCUUUAUUAGCCAGUAAUAUGAAUAAGAAAGACCUCGGUUUUGAAAUUCUACCUUAUUUGGAUUCUAUGAUUGCUUCUGAUAUCUCAAAGAUAAAGGAUGCAAAGAAAAAGCAGGCUGUUCUCAACAACAUAAUCAAUCUAAUUGACCUAUUCCAGUUAGAGUUACUGGAGACUAGGGGAGAGCAUUACACAUCAAGAGGGGUAUUGAUGAUUGAACCACCAAUUGAUAAAGUUGUUCUUAUCGAUGAGAUGAAGAAGAACGAAGUCACCACCAAAAGGGCAGCCAAUUUAAAUCUGAUUCUCGCAAAGCAAGAAGAGAUCAAAGUACGGAAGAGACAUUUGAAUCAAGUUGAAGCAAACAAGGGUAAGUCUACUGUUGAAGAGACAACUUCCAAAAGACAAAAGAUUAGUAUUGAGAACUUUUCAAAGGCUAAUAAUGAUAAAACGGUUGACAUGUUAAAAUCACAGUACACUGCCAUUCAACAAAAUACAACAGAUCAAAAUAAGUCAACUAAUAAUGAAUCUGAAGAGGUUAAGAUCUGGAUCAAAUAUAAGGAAGGUUUCUCGGAUGCCGUAAGAAAAAAAGUUACAUGGGAAACACUAUGGAGUUAA